AUGCUUAUCUGGAGCGCGCUGCUGCUAAUCAGUUUCACCACGUGUGAAGCGAAAAUGAUCAUCGACCGGCCUGCUCGGCCAACGCCCGACGAAUACCACCGGCAACGGCAGGCACUGGUGCAGCAAGAGGCCGACCAUGCUCUCGGGGCUGAUAUUGUCCUCACCCCGAAUGAGACUGUCGUCAACGAGCACCUGAUGGGGCUGAAGCGAGCCGAGCUGGCCGAAGGAUUCGAGAACCCCUUCCAGUUCGUACCGGCACGCCAUAUAUUCGAGGUGCUCGACAAGAUCGAAGCUUCACCCCUGUUUCAGCUGAUCCGCAAGAUGCCCAAAGGAGGUGUACUGCACGCGCACGAUACCGCUCUAGCGAGCACAGAGGUGAUCGUGAAUGCAACCUAUCAGGAACACCUCUGGCAGCGUGGUGAAUUCUCUCGCGAGAAUGCACCUGAUUUCCGAUUUUCUACCACUGUCCCUGCAGGCGACGGUUGGGAGCUAGUGGGUGACAUUCGGAAAAGGGUGGGCGACGGUCAGUACGAUGAGGCGGUUCGGCAACACUUUACGCUGUACGAUAAGGAUCCGAUCAACGCGUACAAAAGCAUCAACGACGUUUGGUCACGGUUCACAGCCAUGUUUUUUUCGUUGGAACCCAUCGUAACGUUCAAGCCCGUCUGGGAGAUGUACUUCCGGCAGGCACUGGAAGAGUUCUACGAAGAUAAUGUGAUGUAUCUGGAGUUCCGCGGAGUACUGCCUUCGCUGUACGAUUUGCAUAAUAAAACAUACACUCCGGAGGAGGUGGUUCAAAUCUACAUCAACAUUACCGAGCAGUUCAAAGCGACACAUCCUCGGUUCGCCGGUACCAAGUUUAUCUAUGCGCCUCUGCGACUAGCCGAUAACGAAACGGUCGAACAGUACCUCGGUAUCGCGGAAAGGCUGCACCUUCAGUACGGUCACUACGUGGUCGGGUUCGAUCUGGUCGGCCAGGAGGACCUCGGCCGACCGCUGCUAGACUUUGCCGAUAUGCUGCUCGCCCUGCCACCGUCCAUUAACCUCGUGUUCCACGCGGGCGAAACGAACUGGCACGGAAUGCGGACGGACGAAAAUUUGAUCGAUGCCGUUCUGCUCGGAACGAAGCGAAUCGGCCACGGGUAUGCGCUUCUGCAGCACCCGCUACUGUUGGAAGAGGUUAAGCGUCGCCAGAUCUGUGUUGAAAUUAAUCCCGUCUCCAAUCAAGUGCUUAAACUGGUGGCCGAUUACCGGAACCACCCGGCGAGUGCACUGUUUGCCACCGACUUCCCGCUGGUGAUAUCCUCCGACGAUCCAUCGUUCUGGCGGGCGAAACCACUGAGCCACGACUUUUACAUCGCCUUCCUGGGAAUAGCGUCCGCACACCAAGACCUACGGUUACUGAAGAAGCUGGCCCUCAACUCGCUGCACUAUUCACUGAUGAGCGGCGUUGAGAAACAGUCUGCCUUGGUGCAGUUCGAGUUGGCGUGGAACAGCUUCAUCAACCUAACCGUCGAACAGAUGUUGAACAAAUAAUC